GCAGCAGGACUUACCAAGCCGCUAGGGGCAGGGAGCCGCAGUGCCGUACUAGCCGGCAGCCGCUGAGGACUCUGCUGCGGGGCCGCGGAUAACGGAGCAGGCAGAGGACCCUGGCAUUGCCUAACCCCAGCAGGGCCGCCCGAGCUCUGCAGCGCCCACUCGGGCUGCCAUCCCCUCCCCGAGCCGGCUGCGCGGGCGGGAAGACGCUCAGACGGCGGUUUCGGUCCCCUUUCUGUCUUUUGGUUCCUCUUUCCUCCCAAGUAAGGGAAUAAGCCCUGAGGAAGGAGCGCUCCGGGAAACCGCGCAACCAAGUGUUGCCUGGCGAGAGGGAGAGCAAGGGUUUCUGGAUUUACCUUGACUGCAGAUAGAAGGAUGUUCCCUGAGGAAUAGCAGAGGUCUUUGCUCAUCUGCUGGAAGGUACCUGCUGCUGCCAUAGACACUUUGGUCCUUGAGAAAUCUCCUGGAGGGCUUGUCCAUCGCAUACCUGCAAUGAGCCAGGCCCUGGGCUGGGCCUCGGCUUCACCCUGGUGAACAAAACUCCAUCCCCGGCCUCAAGCGCUCAUACCCAACUUAAAGAUGAGUGAAGAACGCUGGGUCUCCCUCACUUCAGAAGAAUUUGACCAACUCCAGAAAUAUUCAGAAUAUUCUUCCAAGAAGAUAAAGGAUGUCUUGGCUGAAUUUAAUGAGAGUGGAAGCCUCAAACAAUCUGACUCCCACGAGACAAUUAGCUAUGACGUCUUCAAACUGUUCAUGAGGGCAUAUCUGGAGGUGGACCUGCCCCAGCCACUGAGCACGCACCUCUUCCUGGCCUUCAGCCAGAAGCCCAGACAGGAGGUCCCUGACCACCCAAAGGAGGGGACCAGAAACAGUGAGGCCAGCGCCCCAGAUUCUAAUAUACAGAAUGUGGAUAAUGCUGCCAAAGCCGAUGAGGCCUGUGCCCCUGAUAUGGAAUCAGAGAUCACUGAGAAGCAAGUGCCAGCUAAAGAGCAAGGUGCUACAACCUCCCUGGGAAACCCUGUUGCUCAGUCUUCAGGCUCUGAACCCCCGACCGUGUACCUGAAAGAUGUCGUGUGUUACCUGUCCCUGCUGGAGACAGGGAGACCUCAGGAUAAGCUAGAGUUCAUGUUUCGUCUCUAUGAUUCGGAUGAGAACGGUCUCCUGGAUCAAGCGGAGAUGGAUCGUAUUGUCAACCAGAUGCUGCACAUUGCUCAGUAUCUUGAGUGGGAUCCCACGGAGCUAAGGCCUAUAUUGAAGGAGAUGGUGCAAGGGAUGGACUACGACCGGGACGGCUUUGUGUCUCUACAGGAAUGGGUCCACGGAGGGAUGACCACCAUCCCAUUGCUGGUCCUCCUGGGCAUGGACGACUCUGGCUCCAAGGGGGAUGGCAGGCACGCCUGGACCAUGAAGCAUUUCAAGAAACCAACCUACUGCAACUUCUGCCACGUCAUGCUGAUGGGCGUGAGGAAGCAAGGCCUGUGCUGCACAUACUGUAAAUAUACCGUCCACGAACGCUGUGUAUCCAAAAACAUUCCUGGCUGUGUCAAAACGUACUCAAGAACCAAAAGGGGCAGCGAGGUGAUGCAGCACGCGUGGGUGGAAGGGAACUCUUCGGUCAAGUGUGAUCGGUGCCACAAAAGUAUCAAGUGCUACCAGAGUGUCACCGCGUGGCACUGCGUGUGGUGCCGGAAGACGUUUCACCGCAAAUGUGAAUUAUCCACAGUGUGUGAUGGUGGGGAACUCAAAGACCACAUCCUGCUGCCCACCUCGAUCUGCCCCAUUACCCAGGACAGGCAAGGUGGGAAGUCUGAUGGUGACACGUCAGCCAAGGGUGAACUUGUAAUGCAGUACAAGAUCAUCCCCACCCCGGGUACCCACCCCCUGCUGGUCUUGGUGAACCCCAAGAGUGGAGGGAGACAAGGAGAAAGAAUUCUUCGGAAAUUCCACUAUCUGCUCAACCCCAAACAAGUUUUCAACCUGGACAAUGGGGGGCCUACUCCAGGACUGAACUUUUUCCGGGAUACUCCAGACUUCCGUGUCUUGGCCUGCGGAGGAGAUGGGACAGUUGGCUGGAUUUUGGAUUGCAUUGAUAAGGCCAACUUUGCAAAGCAUCCACCAGUGGCUGUCCUGCCUCUUGGAACAGGAAAUGACCUGGCCCGAUGUCUCCGCUGGGGAGGAGGCUAUGAAGGGGGAAGCCUGACAAAAAUCCUGAAGGAAAUUGAGCAGAGCCCCUUGGUGAUGCUGGAUCGCUGGCACCUGGAAGUCAUCCCCAGAGAGGAGAUGGAGAACGGGGACCAGGUCCCAUACGACAUCAUGAACAACUACUUCUCCAUUGGUGUGGAUGCUUCCAUUGCACACAGAUUCCACGUGAUGAGGGAGAAACACCCCGAAAAAUUCAACAGCAGGAUGAAGAACAAGCUGUGGUACUUUGAAUUUGGCACCUCGGAGACCUUUGCAGCCACCUGCAAGAAACUCCAUGACCACAUAGAGUUGGAGUGUGACGGGGUUGGGGUGGACCUGAGCAACAUCUUCCUUGAAGGCAUUGCCAUUCUCAACAUUCCAAGCAUGUAUGGUGGCACCAAUCUCUGGGGAGAAACCAAGAAGAAUCGGGCAGUGAUCCAGGAAAGCAGAAAGGUUGUCACUGACCCCAAGGAACUGAAAUUCUGCAUCCAAGACCUCAGUGACCAGCUUCUUGAAGUGGUGGGACUAGAAGGAGCCAUGGAAAUGGGGCAGAUCUACACUGGUCUGAAGAGUGCAGGCAGGAGGCUGGCCCAGUGCUCCUCUGUCACCAUCAGGACAAACAAGCUGCUGCCGAUGCAAGUGGAUGGAGAGCCCUGGAUGCAGCCACCUUGCAUGAUUAAAAUUAUUCACAAGAACCAAGCACCCAUGAUGAUGGGACCUCCCCAGAAGAGCAGCUUCUUUUCCCUGAGAAGGAAGAGCCGUUCAAAAGACUAAACAAUGUGCCAAUUGCCAGUUAAACCAAGACAGAAAGCAAGAAACUGUAACACACACACACAUAUGCACACACACACACACACACACACACACACACACUCCUCUCUAACCAGCAGAAGUUAAGCCACCCUUCAGGAGGAAACCUUCACUCUGCCAUACAUUCUCUUUAUUUCAAGAAUGGACAUACCCAACAGAGCCAAUGCUACAGAACAUUUUGAAUGGACUUGGGGCCCAUCAGGGUAUGGUUGGCUCAUGCAGUAAUCUCCACAUUCCCAGAAGGCCUUGGGUGAGACUUUCCCA